AUGGCUGGCCCAACGUCGCCGAGCAGCGAGGGUCCCUCGUUUGCCCCUCCUUCUCUGCCUCCCGGCUGGAUCGCGCAAUGGGACGGCGCCAGCAAGAAGUACUACUACGUCCAACUGGCAACCGGCGUCUCGCAGUGGGAGAUUCCCACCCAGGCGGCCAAGACGGGCAACACCCCCGGCCAGGCAGUCGAGCAUCCGUACGGCACGCCUCCUCCCGAGCUCAUCACCCAUCCCGACGGCUCGCAAACCGUGAAGCAUCCCGACGGCACCUUGGAGCCUAUAAUGGCGGACGGGACGAGGGGGGGCCCAGAGGGCCCGACUGGCGAUCGAGGCCUCGGUACGAUGGCCAUGAACGCGCUUCUCGGCGGAAAGAAGCAAUCCUCGAGCGGCGGAGGCUUGGGUGGACUGGCCAGCCAGUUCCUCGGCGGGAGCGGCGGCGGCCACGGCGGCGGUAGCAGUGGUGGCAACGGGAUAGCUGGCCAGCUGGCCGGGAAGCUCGCGUCCAACCUCUUCUCGUCAUCCGACAAACCGCCUGCGCCGCAAAACUACCACGGCGGGCAGGGUAGCAACAAGCCUAGCCACCAGGGUGGAAUCGCCGGUGCCGUGUUUGGUGGUGUCGCUCACAUGUUUGGAGGAAAGGAGUCCCACGGGAAUCAAAACUUUGGCUACUCCAACUCGGGGGCGGGAACGUACUCUGGCGGUGAUGCCCCGACUUACAACCCUCCCGGGAAAACCAGUUCUGCAUCCGUGCCGGGGCCCUCAUCUCAAAACUCCUCCAGCCCGAACCAGCAUCAACAACAACACCAACAACAUCAACCACACCAGGGCUCCCAGGGCUCCCAGGGCCAUCAAUCUCAGGCUCAUCAGUCGUAUCACCCGCCCCCGCCCCCGCCACCCGCUCAAGCUCAGUCUUCGCACCAGCAACCAUCGUAUCAAAGCCAACCUUCGCAUGACGGUUAUCAUGGCGGGUAUCAGGGGCAUCAGCAACAAAGCCCACCUUCAUACGGCCAGUCUUACCCCAGCUCUGGACACCAUGGUGGACAGCAGGGUAGCAGCCAUGGAGGAUAUACCGGUGCCCAGCAUGGCGGGCAGCACGGAGCUUCGGGAGGUUACUCUGGAGCACAGCCCAACUACGGUGGUGCGCCACAGCAGCAGUCCUACGGCCAGCCUCAGCAAGGCGGCGGAUACAAUCCGAAUCAAUAUGCGAGUGGAAACCCGCCGUAUCAAAGCGGUCAACAGUACGGUAGCGGACCUUAUUGA